CAAAACGUGAGUGAGGCCCUCGAGUGCUUAUGUCCACAACGCUUGUGACAUCAUUGUCACCCCGCCGUUUCUCAGGAACCGGAAAUUAAGAUGUCUAUAAAAGAGACCUGCGAGCCAAUAGUAGUCAUAACCUACUCAAGAAUAUACAGAGGCAACUGAUCAAGUUUUAGAAGACAGUUAUUUGAAGUUCAUCACUGAGAAAAGAAUUGUUGUGAGAAUGGAAAGCUUACGAAUGAGGAUGACAACCGUCUAUCUGGCUAUCUUGAUUCCCUGUGCAGUGUUUGCAGCACCCAUGGGAGUCAAACCAAAAGUGGCGGACAACAUUCGCUGCAUAUCUAAUAACUUUGAAGACAUGAUAUGUAGUUGGGAAGUGGUCGACAGCGCCCAAAUUGCCCAGGACUCUAACUACACACUUCUUUGGACCGUUCAUCCAGGGUCAUUGAACCUGUGCCCACACACAAAAGGAAAUACCUGCAGGUUUCAACAGGAUGACGGCAUCGACAGUUUCAAGGCGGGGUUCAUCUAUUAUGUCAUCGUCAGAGGCACCCAUCCCGAACAUGGAGAAUCCUUUUCAAGCUACGAAAUGGUCAACACGUAUGAAAUCGUGAAACCAAAACCAGUAAGAGAGUUGAAGACUUUGGACAAGGGCCAGUCGCAUUUGCAGUUGUCGUGGACGCAUCCCGAGAAUCUAAGUUCAAAUAGACUGUAUUCUGGGCUUAUGUACAAUGUCUUAUUGGAGAGCGAACACGGUACAAUAAAGGAAAUAGAAACGCGUCAAGAAGGAGCAAGAGUAGAUGGUUUGAUUCCCAACACACUGUAUAAAGUAUCUAUUAAAGCAAAACCAGGUCGUGGGGGCUACUGGAGUGAGGCUGCACGUAUAACAACGACCACGUCCUAAAAUGGAAACCCAAGUUCUUGGGCAUUUCAUCCGUCCAAGUUAUCUGAACAUUUGCUCAACUAUGUCAAAACGUGGUGCAGUGUUUCAUAGUCUAAGCAGACCCCCCUCGACGUGUGUGGAUGAGGACAGAGCAUUAGAUGCAAAAUUUCUAGAUAGUUCUGUUUUGGGUCCAGCUUAACUAGAUGGAGAUGCGACAGUGAACUGUUGAUAGCCUUUUGCAAACUGACAUCACUUAAAUGUGUGAUAUGAAUAUCCUUUAUAUAAAAAGAAAAAUGUACGUCAUUAUACCCCUUCUUAUAGGGAAGUUGUUGGCCAUCAUGUGAACGAGACGCUUUAAAGAUGUUAAUUCGUAAGAAAUCUAGACAGUAUUACAUGUAGUAUAUGGUCACUUUACAAAUGAAAACCAAACGUAAAUGUUAUUCUGUGGAAAAGGUUAAGCCAUUAGCAGAGUAACAACCAUCAAGAAUGAAAACAAAUUAAGCAGUUCGUGCAUAUGAGACACUUUUUUCGAAAUGUCAAUCUGGUUAAAAUAAUGACAGAAAGAAAUUAAGACACUGUUUCUGGACACUUAAACAUUACAUCAUAAACAGUUCAUUCUAUGAAUGAUAAAAUAUGACUUAAGUGAGGUGUUGAAAUGAAAGUAGACCAGGAUCAAAACAUCUGCUUUCUUCAGAGUAAUUUUCUGAAUUUAUAUUCGUUGUACAUAGUGUAUAUUCUUAUAUUUUGUUUGAUGACGUUAUGAAAUAAAAUAAUUUCGAUUA